GAUUGUCGCAGCAGCUACAAAAGCUGCAGAAGAGUUCAAGAGUGUGCCAUUUUCAAUGCCAUUCAGGAUGCCUUGGAGGCUGAUGGACCUGCACUUAUAAACAAGGUAAAAAGGGUUUAUUGCUUCCAAGUUAAGGGUGGUCCUGGUGGUAGUGAAGCCAAAUGGAUUGUUGAUGCCAAAAGACCAGGAUCAGUCACCUUGAAUGGCACAGCAAAACCAGACGUCACCAUCACCAUGACGGACGAAGACCUCGUUAACCUGAUGGAGGGCAAGUUAAACAAAAAGGCUUUUUUUCCAAGGUAAACUUAAGAUCAAGGCAACAUGGGCCUGGCUAUGAAAUUACAGGAGUUCAAAAGCAGGCACAGCAGCUAAAGGCAAAUUGUAGAAGUUCAUUUUCCUAAUCCUAUCUGUGUAAACACUCCAUGCACAGCUGUCUUAAACUAUUCUCAUAUUCCUUUCUUACCACUUACAACAUGCUUGUUCUGGACAUCAUUACCUCUCUUGGUGCAUCUUGUGAAUAUCAUGCAAGUUUUUAACAAGUCCAGUUAAUUCAUACUUUCCAAGCCACUCAUCCCAUUAUACAGGAACUGUCUGUCUUAUUUUCACCUGAAUUAAAUAAAAAAAUUUGGGUGUCUAGUUGACUGAUCAGUACAGUACAGUAGUGGAAAGUAUGACAUUAAUUAUCCUCACAAGUGGUCAGCCAGUUGAGAAGUGUAACACUAUUUGUAAUAAAAUUUGGGAUAAGUCUACCA